AUGGCAAGUGAUCAAAUUAGUGAGUUACCUGACUCGUUGUUUGACCAUAUUCUGUCUUUUCUUCCAACCAAACAAGCCAUCACCACAUGCCUCUCCUCCAAGAGGUGGAGCCAUCUCCGGUGGUCACUGCCCAUUCUUGACCUGGACGACUUCAAUUUCCAUAGCCUUCACUCUUUUCUUCAGUACGCAGAUACGAUCAUGAGCAUGAGAGAUCAUUCAGAAACCCUAAGAAAGUUUCAUCUCAUUCUCAGAUCUACAAAUGGGAACGUGCCACGCAUGAAGAUUAACACUUGGAUUAACACAGCAGUACUAGAUUCCAAAGUUGAACAUGUUGAGAUUUAUGAUAAAACUCUUAACAAGUUCAACAUUGAAAUACCGCCUCGCAUUUUCAACUGCAAUACUAUCAGCAUUUUAAAGCUAAGUGGAGUUAAAGUGGCGGCUCCUUCUUUUAUUCGCUGCCCUUUGCUUCAAGACUUGGCACUAAAAUUCUGCGGCGCAACUGAUCUUGGUGGGUAUUCGGUUGUACCAAUAAAUAAAGGGAGGCUUAAAAAUUUGGUUUCAGCUGAUGUUUAUGACUAUCCAUUUACUUUGGAAACUUUGUCAAAUGUAACAGCACUACGGAUUGAUACGAUUGGUUUUUCAAAUCGCCUUCAUCCUGCCACAUUUUAUAAUUUAAUCCACAUGGAAAUAAGAUAUUAUUCACCAGAUUUCUCACGCAUAACAAUAUUGGAAUGCUUGCAAAACUUCCCCAAGCUUGAAACUCUUAUAAUUAUUGAGUUUAAUGAUACAGAAUGGUUGGGAGAAAGCGUUCCUGAAUGUGUUUCAUCACACUUGAAGGAAUUCCAUCUUGGAAACUACAGAGGCCUUUACGAUGAAUUGGAGCUUGCAAGAUUUAUAAUGAAGAAUGCAAGCUUCUUGAACAUCAUCUCAAUUCGUGGACGUGUUACAUUAACAGAAAAUUCAACACAAGAAAUGCUUCAAAGAUUAUCCUCUUGUCCUAAAAGCUCCGUGAAUUGCAGGCUUUUGUUCGAGUGA